CCCCCCGCCCCACCACCACCACCACCACCACGACGGUAUGGGUAUAUAUUCUACUUGGGCAUUUACUCUUUUUAUCUGGUGAUUCACAACUAUUGCUUUGCCCCACGAUGAGGCCACCGGUGCCGGACCUUGCGGUACCGCGAUCCCGCAAAGCCUCGCUUGAUCAGCAGUGGUCCGAUCCCCGCAGUACCGCCCCCGCUACCUUCUUCCUGGCCCGCAGCAGCAGUCAUACCACCGAUAUCGAUAGGGAGCUUUUCCCCGACCAAGUUGAACGUCCCGCGGAGAAUCUAUAUGGGGUACAGAGUCUGGAGGAAACGGAUAUUUCAAAAGACAUUAUUUCGAAUUUGUCUUGCAACCGCCAGCCUGACCUGGAGGAGUCUGUCACCCGCACUCAUAAGCCUCUGGUUCGAGAUGAGGAAGAGGAGCGUGAAGCCCGCCAGACAAUCCGUCGCAGGUCGACCUUGAAGCCUUCAGAUAUGCUUACUACCAGCUCAGUAAAACCCUUUCGGCCUUCUCCUGAGGAACUUUCCUCGCGACCGUUGACCCCUUUGACUUUCGAUAACCCGGAUGACCACUCAUCCCUGCCAAGUAGUCCCCGAUCCAUUUCUAAUCAUUCCAUGCGCCAUCUUGAUGAUAUUUCAAUCAACGAUGAUUUGAGUAGUCAGGCUGUGGCCUCCGGAGAAGAAGAAGAAGAAGAAGAGAAAGAAGAAGAUGAUGGUGAUGACGACUAUCGCAUAGCGCAUUAUCCUGUUUCAGACAACACCUCCCAACUGAUCAUGCCAAGCAUCAAGAUGCCCAGUCGGAAACCCUUCACAGAUCGUGGGAAGGCUCUAGGUCGAUUGAAGGUUUUGAUUGCAGGUUCAUCUGGGUUGGGAAAGUCGUCUCUCAUCCAGUCUAUAGUUCAGGCCUGCGAUGACAUUGUGCACAUGGACGAUUUUGCCUCGGCCUCCCCUACUAAAAUAUCACGGCCAUCCAUUAAAUCUUCUCGGACGUCCCACAACUUCAGGUCUCCACAAGUGGCCAUCACGGAAAUAUACGCUAGUACCAAGCCCUAUCCGUCGUGGUGGUCGGAUUUGGAGGACUCGCGUGUGCUCCGGCGGAGGAAAAGCACAGGCGAUGUUGUUCUGGAGCGCAACAUUUGCUUUGUAGAUACUUCAGCCACGUCUAUGGGUCGAUCGGAGCAGACCGAUUCGGUCAUACAAUAUAUCCGCCAGCAACUGUCUCGAGCAACCACCGCCAUCGAUGCCCUGAACCAUGAUUUCCAGAAUUUACUUGCUGGCAACGGUGGGACCCAAGUGGAUGCUGUUCUUUACCUCAUCUCCGAAGAAACCCUCCUCGCCGAUAUGGAGUGCAUUCAAAGGCUCUGUGAUUGGACCAAUGUCAUUCCCCUCAUCGCUAAAUCAGACCUUUUGACCGACGAGAAUAUCUUCGCUUUAAAGUCUUCAUUCCGGAAGCACGCUCAGAAAUUGUCCAUCAAGCCUUUUCUUCUCGGCGACUCCAGCACAGACACGGAAGACAUCCAUGGUCACCUACCUUUCGCGGUAUCUUCCGCCAAAGCCAGUAACGACGAUGUAAUGGAUGCCAGCACCCUUAUGAGCCCAGACUAUGUCCAACCUCUGGUACCCUCGGAACUCAUGUUGCUGGUUCGACGAGUCUUUGAUAGGGAGAACGUUGCCUGGAUGCGCCAUUCAGCUGCAAAGAAGCUAGCCCUUCAACAGCAGAAAAGAUUUUCGCAGGAGCAGCUGCAGCAGGAGGAGCAGAGUCAUCUCCCUCUGAGCGCUCUCACACUCGCACACAGUGUUCACCGCGGCUCUGCCACAUACACCAUGGCUCGGCUCGCGGACCACACCCGUCAGGAGGAGCGCUUGGCUCGUGUGCAGCUGGCCAGGUGGGCUUCGGAUUUGCAGCAAAGCCUUCAGAACGAACGAGACAGAUACGCCGCGAUGGCCCAGGGCGAACGCGCCAUCUGGCUCACGGAACGUAUCGGGGAGUGUGUCGUUGAGGGAUCGUUGAUUCCAAUCACACAAACCCCGGGCUUCUGCGGCCUCCACAGGCCUACCGAGAAAGCUGGUGGCGGUGGGGUAGUCCGCCGGACUGUUAACGGACACAACGUGGGGUAUCAGGUCGCUCGCCUCAGCCCCCAAGACCCGCUAGGCCUCGUACGAUGGUACGAGGACCUCCGGCGACGUGGGUGGACCGUCGUCCAGGUUGUAGGGAGCUUCGGGGUAAUUGGCGGGCUCGCAUUUUGUUUGGCCAAGGCCUGUGGGUUUCCCUCACGCAACCUGUGCGAAUGGCACCUGGACUGGUACAACACCAGCAACUAAGGAUAAUGCCGUCCGUACCUUCCCGCUUCAGCCUUUCAGUUCAUACUGAUGAACGAGUCCCACCCUUAUAACUCAUUCCCGCAUCACAGCUCCAACAUCCUGGCUUUAUCUUCGCUCUAGACUUCGCUGGACUAUUGCAGUUCUCAAGAAGCGUGCUGCCUUCAUGCCCCUCCCCCUAUUACCCAUCUACAUAUGCUGCUGCCAAGGGGGGCUCAUUGUCCUCAUGUCCUCAUGUCCCAUUAACCCAAUACCAUUCACCUCACUUUGUCUUCGGCGCUUCAAGGUUAUCGGCCCGUGUUAUCAAUUCGCUCUAGCAUAUAUUUGUUCACUGCACUAUCCACCCC